AUGACGAAGUCGGGGAAUCGGGGUGCGCGGAGCGAUUCCUACUCGGCCUGGUCGGUCUUCGUUGCGCUCCUUUCACUGCGUCUGCUCAAUGCGCUGUCGCUGCGCACCUUUUUCCAACCCGAUGAGUUCUUUCAGUCGCUGGAACCCGCUUGGCAGGCCGCUUUUGGGGAGGAUCAGGGAGCGUGGAUUACCUGGGAAUGGAAACACCACCUGAGAUCUUCGAUUCAUCCCUUCCUGUUCGCUGCCGUCUAUUCCGCCGCAGACUUCCUCGCGCAAAUUCUCCGCCUGUCCGCGACGCGUGCCGACCUCCUCAUCGCCGCUCCCAAGGUUACGCAGGCCUUUUUCGCCGCUAUUGGAGAUUUCUACACAUGGAAACUAGCUCGUUCAGCAUAUGGAAGAGGGAGUCAUGAAGCAUGGGCGGCACUUGCCUUAACUGUUGUCAGCCCCUGGCAAUGGUUCUGCUCGACCAGAACGUUGUCGAACUGCCUCGAAGCCACCAUCACCGUGGUCGCACUCUAUCUCUGGCCCUGGGAAUGGUUCAGAAAUGUGAGUUUGGCCACUGCAAGCAAGAGAAAUACGCGCGCCGCUAGCAAAGCAGCUGCCGAACAGGAGACCGAUGACACGGUACCUCUCAAGAGAUUACGCCAAUGUCUUUGUCUCGCCGCCCUAGCUUGUAUCCUACGUCCGACCAAUGGGUUGAUCUGGGUAAGCUUAGCCAGCGUCGCCUGGUUGCGCGGCUCCUGGGCCCAAAGGAAGACUCUCGCUCGCGAAGUCUUGAUUUGCGGAUCUGUUAUUCUCGCCAUUUCGGUAUUGUCGGAUCGCCUCUUUUACGGAACCUGGACCUUCCCACCGCUGAAAUUCCUCUACUUCAAUAUCGCGCAAUCGCUGGCAGUCUUUUAUGGAAAGAAUGACUGGCACUACUACAUCUCUCAGGGUUAUCCUCUCCUUCUGACAACCGCGCUUCCUUUCACCAUUCCCGGUCUAUAUCGCGCAUUGAGUCAGCGGUCUCUCUUCUCUGACAAUGCGCAAGCUUCAAUGCAGGCCCAAUUGGGGCUAAUCUGCCUAAUCAUGCCGUUCACUCUCUCCUUGAUCUCUCACAAGGAAGUACGAUUCAUCUAUCCACUACUCCCCUCGCUGCAUGUCUUGACUGCUCCGCCCCUGGUCGCCUUCUUCUUGCCGGCUGUCUCCCAGUCCAGCCGAUAUUACACGCCUCGACGACUCAUUCUGGUCUUCUUCCUCCUCGUCAAUCUCGUCAUCGCCUUAUACACGACUCUUCAUCACGCCUCGGGCACCCUCUCCGUUCUCUCCUACCUCCGCUCCCAGCAUCUCUCCCACACCCCUGUCCUCACCACCCCGAAUGCCCACCCUGGGGCAGGACCCACGACAGGCUUCCUCAUGCCCUGCCACAGCACCCCCUGGCGCUCACACCUCGUCGACCCCGACCUCCGCGCCUGGGCUCUCUCUUGCGACCCACCCGUUGGCCUCAACACCACUCAGAAAGAGACCUACCUCGACGAAGCCGACCAAUUCUACGCCAACCCGGCCCAGUUCCUCCGCAGAAACAUGGUCGGCGGUACACGCCACGUCCCGCGUCAACCAUCCUACACCAACCCGCACUACUAUCCCUCGUCGCAAUCGACCUCCGAAUUCCAGUCCAUCACCCCCCACCCUUGGCCCGACUACCUCGUCUUCUUCGCCGCCCUCGAACCAACCCUCAACAGCAUCCUCUGGUCCAGCACCUACCGCGAAUGUCAUCGCACCUUUAACACCGCCUGGCACGACGACUCGCGCCGAAAAGGCGACAUCGUCGUCUGGUGUCUCGAUCCCAACGAGCAAGCCGCCUGGUCCGGCGUGAAACGCGACCGUGAUCGAGAAGCCAAGGAGCGCCAUUUCGAUCACAUCAUCGAGAACAUCAAGCGUCAGGCGACGGGGCAGGGUGCCGCUCCCGCCUCCAUCUGGCAGCGGUGGACACAGCCCGCGCCUAAACCCUGGUCCUUGGCGUGGCCCAAGGCCUGGACUCCGUCCAAAUUUCCCUGGUCAGCUCCCAGCUCGUCCUGGUCGCUUGAACGGUCGUGGAAUUGGCCGUGGGAACGCCGCAGACGGUCGGUCAUGGGUGUUCAACUGCCCGCUUGGCUGGACGAUCGUAUCCCGGAUCUCUCGGGCCUGUGGAAGAAGAAAAAGUAUUCGCGAAUCGAGGAUCGAGAGUAUUGGUCUUGA